AUGUCAAAAACUCCAAAUGUAGAUUAUUCCAAAUGGGAUAAAAUUCUAGCUGAAUUUAGCAGCCAUGAAGAAGAAGAUGUAUAUAAAAAGUAUGGUCCCGGUCGUCCCGAGGAUAAAUAUAAAAAACCAAAGCUUCCAAAAUCAACAACUACCAAAAACAAUAACAGUUUGACGGAACAACAAGCAUCAUCAACACCAACAUCGGGUAACUACAUGAUCUAA